CAUCGUGGAAAGUCAAUGGAAGUAAAACAUUCUCACAUUGAGCAGAGUUGUGGUUGUGUUAUCAAAAACAGGUAGCAGAAAUUCCACUAGCAGCUGAAAAAAUUUAUAUAAUUCAAGAGAUGAAGACGAUUAUGCAGCCAGCUUACUUGACAUUGCUACUUAUUUUGGGAGGAGUUGCACUUGCUACUCCAAAGCCCAAAGAUAGGGUCAUUAAAGAUCCUGAUCUAUCAGAUUUGGAGCACCAAGAGGGUGACGAACACAACAAAGACUAUGACCACGAAGCCUUCCUUGGCAAAGAAGAAGCUCACAAAUUUGACGAGCUCACACCUGAGCAAAGUAAAGAAAGGCUUGAAAAACUAGUAAAAAGCAAAAUUGACAAGAACCAAGAUGGCUUUGUCACAGAAGAAGAACUCAAGGAUUGGAUUAAAUAUGCACAAAGCAAAUAUAUAUUUGAUGAUGCUAACAAACAGCUUGAAACUAAUGAUGUAGAUAAAGACGGUUUUGUUACUUGGGAUGAAUACAAAAACAACACUUACGGAUUCUUGCAAGAGAGCAAUGACAACUCUGAUUAUGAUUAUAAAAAUAUGGUUGUUAGAGAUGAGAAAAGGUUUCAAAAGGCUGACAAAGAUAGUGAUGGAAAAUUAAAUAAAGAAGAAUUUGCAUCAUUCUUGCAUCCUGAAAAUGACCCACUUAUGAGAGAUAUUGUUGUUGAUGAAACGAUGGAGGAUAUUGAUAAAGACAAAGAUGGAUUCGUGUCUUUAGAAGAAUAUAUAGGAGAUCUUUGGCCUGAAAGUGACCGUGAAGCUGGAAAAGAAGAACCAGACUACAUUAAGACAGAAAGAGAACAGUUUUCAAACUUCAGAGAUUUGAACAAAGACGGAAAAAUGGAUAGAGAUGAGGUAAAACAAUGGAUACUUCCACCAGAGUAUGAUCAUAUUAGUGCUGAAGCAAAGCAUUUGAUGCAAGAGUCAGAUGGGGAUAAGGACUCAAAAUUAUCAGUGAAAGAAAUUAUCGAAAAGUAUGACCUAUUUGUUGGCAGUCAAGCUACAGACUUUGGAGAGGCCCUGAAAAAGCAUGAUGAAUUUUAAGAUUCAAAAGCUGUUAAUGUUUUUGUUCCAAAUGUUGCAAACUCUCGGUAAACACUUAUUACAAAUAUGUCAGUUAGCUGGUUAUCAAUGGAACAAUUUCACAACCUCCAAAUAAACUAGCAAGCCCAGCACUUUCAGUUUUGUAUGCAUGUAAUAUUGUUACAAUAAGUUCCACUUUCAAUAUUGUCAUAGAUACAUUCACCUUGUGAGAGAUCAUAGUUUUAUUGUUUAGAUUGAUGUUUUGGAUAUAUGGAUAUGCUAUCACUGCUGAUUUUGCAUUAAUGGGUAGUCAAGUGUUUCUUUAAAAAGUCAGUUUCCAUUGACCAUUCAACCAACAAAAGGAUGUUUGUUUUCUAUUCCCACAGCUACAAGUAAAACAAGUAUUCUUUGUUUUGUGUUCAGUGCUUUGUUUUCAGCUUUGAUGUUGUUUGUCAAAUAGAAUUUUAAGAAAGAUAUUUGUUCAUGUAUUCUUUGUGAAAUUUUUCAAAAAAAUGUGUGCUAGGUUUCUAAA